CUGCCAACAUGGAAGGUGGCGACGGCCUAGUCGCUGUGGCUGGCCUUGGCGCUUUGGGCUCUGGAGGUGCUGCAGCGACAGUCCGGGAGCUUCUGCAGGACGAGUGUUACAGUGAUUUUUUAAAUGAAGACUUUGAUGUAAAGACUUAUACUUCCCAAUCUAUUCAUCAAGCUGUAAUUGCUGAACAACUAGCAAAACUUGCCCAAGGAAUCAGUCAAUUGGAUAAAGAACUACACCUACAGGUCGUUGCAAGACAUGAAGAUUUACUGGCACAAGCAACUGGGAUUGAGUCUUUAGAAGGUGUUCUUCAGAUGAUGCAGACGAGAAUUGGGGCUUUACAAGGAGCUGUUGAUAGGAUGAAAGCAAAGAUUGUUGAGCCAUACAAUAAAAUAGUAGCCCGUACUGCACAGCUAGCAAGACUUCAGGUUGCCUGUGAUUUGCUUCGGAGAAUUAUUCGCAUCUUGUAUCUCAGUAAGAGACUCCAAGGACAACUGCAAGGGGGAAGUAGAGAGAUAACAAAAGCUGCUCAGAGUCUCAGUGAACUUGAUUAUCUUUCUCAAGGAAUAGAUCUUUCUGGAAUAGAAGUAAUAGAAAAUGAUCUAUGUUUUAUUGCAAGAGCCCGACUUGAAGUGGAAAAUCAAGCUAAGCGCCUACUGGAGCAGGGUGUGGAGACUCAGAAUCCAACUCAAGUCGGAACAGCUCUUCAAGUUUUCUAUAAUCUUGGAACUUUGAAGGAUACCAUUACCAGUGUCGUGGAUGGAUAUUGCACUACUUUAGAAGAAAAUAUCAACAAUGCAUUAGACAUCAAAGUUUUGAGUCAGCCUUCCCAGUCAGCUGUGAGAGGAGGUCCUGGACGAUCUACCAUGCCAACCCCAGGAAAUACUGCAGCUUUUCGUGCUUCCCUCUGGACCAAUAUGGAGAAACUUAUGGACCAUAUUUGUGCUGUUUGUAGACAGGUACAACAUCUACAAAAAGUAUUAGCCAAGAAGAGAGAUCCUGUUUCUCACAUUUGUUUCAUUGAAGAAAUAGUUAAGGAUGGACAACCUGAAAUUUUAUACAUGUUUUGGAAUUCGGUUACUCAGGCACUUUCUUCUCAAUUUCAUAUGGCAACAAACUCUUCUAUGUUUUUGAAACAAGCAUUUGAAGGAGAAUACCCUAAGUUAUUGCAUCUUUGUAAUGACUUAUGGAAGCGUAUUCAACAAUACAGUCAAAAUAUCCAAGGGAAUUUUAGUGCAAGUGGAACUACAGACCUCUAUGUUGACCUACAACACAUGGAAGAUGAUAUACAAGACAUAUUCAUCCGAAAAAAGCCAGAUUAUGAUCCAGAAAAGGCUUUGAAAGACUCACUGCAACCCUACGAGGCUGCUUAUCUAUCGAAAUCCUUGUCUCGACUGUUUGAUCCUAUCAACUUGGUUUUUCCCCCUGGUGGUCGUAAUCCUCCUUCCUCUGAUGAACUUGAUGUUAUCAUUAAAACUAUAGCAAGUGAACUAAAUGUAGCUGCUGUUGAUGCAAACCUUACAUUAGCUGUGUCAAAAAACGUGGCAAAGACCAUCCAGUUAUAUGGUGUAAAGUCAGAGCAGCUUCUCUCCACACAGGGAGAUGCAAGUCAGGUGAUUGGGCCUCUUACUGAAGGACAGAGGAGAAAUGUGGCAGUGGUGAAUUCACUGUAUAAGUUGCACCAAUCAGUUACAAAGGUGGUUUCCAGUCAGAACUCAUUCCCACCAGCAGCUGAGCAAACUAUAAUUUCAGCCCUAAAGGCGAUCCAUGCUCUUAUGGGAAAUGCAGUGCAACCCUUACUGACUUCUGUGGGAGAUGCUAUAGAGGCCAUAAUCAUCACCAUGCAUCAAGAAGAUUUUUCUGGGCCAUUAUCCAGCUCAGGAAAACCCGAUGUUCCUUGUUCUCUGUACAUGAAGGAGCUACAAGGUUUCAUUGCCAGAGUUAUGAGUGACUACUUUAAACACUUUGAAUGCUUGGAUUUUGUCUUUGACAACACUGAAGCUAUUGCCCAAAGAGCAAUUGAACUUUUUAUCCGCAAUGCCAGUCUCAUAAGACCUCUUGGUGAAGGUGGGAAAAUGCGACUUGCUGCUGAUUUUGCACAGAUGGAGUUGGCUGUGGGUCCAUUCUGCAGACGAGUGUCCGAUUUAGGAAAAUCCUAUCGAAUGCUGAGGUCAUUCAGACCACUGCUCUUCCAGACAAGUGAACAUGUGGCCAAUAGUCCUGCACUGGGGGACAUUAUUCCAUUCAGCAUCAUCAUUCAGUUUUUGUUCACAAGAGCACCCGCUGAACUGAAAUCCCCCUUCCAGAGGGCAGAGUGGUCCCAUGCACGCUUCUCCCAGUGGCUGGAUGACCAUCCAUCUGAAAAGGACAGGCUCCUCCUCAUCAGGGGAGCCUUGGAAGGUUAUGUUCAAUCAGUGAGAAGUAGAGAAGGCAGAGAAUUUGCACCAGUCUACCCCAUAAUGGUUCAGCUGCUUCAAAAAGCUACAUCUGCUCUUCAGUAACAAUGUGAAAUCUUUGUUAAUCUCUACCUUCUGUUAAUCCAAAGUUAGCACUUAAAUAGCACAUACUCUGAAAGACAGCCACUAUCUACUGUUGUAGAAUGUAACUGAUUUUCCUAUAUUUCCUAUUGAUCUUUUUUUUUUUUUUAACCUCAUUAGCACUUCUACUUUAAAUAGCAUAAAAUAGAUUCAUCAUCACAACCUUUAAACUCCGUGGACCUGAUUUUUCCAGAAAGAUAUUCAACUCUUCCUUUCAGAUUUUUUGUACAAAGCUAGCUAACAUUUCUUUCCUAUCACAUAACUAUGUCUUCUCAUGGGUGCACACGAAGUCCUCAUUGCUUUUAAAGAGAUAAGACCAAGUUAUAUAAUAGGUACCCUGCUUAUCCCAACCUGCCUCCUCCUCCCUCAGUAAAUGCAGCCCUGUAGUUCCCAAAUUUGGCUGCACAUUCUUGUCACUGGGGGAGUUUUUAAAAAUCUUGAUGCCCAAAAUGCACUCCAUACUAAUUAAGACAUCUGGGAGUGGGAACCAUGGAUCAGUAUUUUUUUAAAAACUAUCCCCAAAGUGAUUCCAAUAUGCAAAAGAGUUUGGGAACCGCUGGCAUAUUCCCAAAGCUAAGAUUUAGGGUUAAAUGUUCUUGCUUAAGUAUGUCAUCCUGUAUCUUCAAAUAAAGCAAGGCUUUCUUUA